AUGAGGGAAGAAAACCAGUCCUCUACUCCAGGCUUCAUUCUCCUGGGAAUUACUGGUCAGCAGGAGCAGGAAGACGUCUUCUUCAUCCUCUUCCUGUUUAUUUACCCCAUCACAUUGGUUGGAAACUUGCUCAUGAUCUUGGCUAUCCACUCUGAUGAGCGCCUUCACAAUCCCAUGUACUUUUUCCUUGCCAAUCUCUCCUUUGUUGAUAUUCUAUUCUCAUCUGUGACUGUCCCAAAGAUGUUAACAAACUAUCUUUUGAGCAACAAAGCAAUCUCCUCUGCAGGAUGCCUAACACAGAUGUAUUUUAUGAUUGCCUUGGCCAACAUAGAUAGCUAUAUCUUGUCUGUGAUGGCCUAUGACCGUGCUGUGGCCAUCAGCCGCCCCCUUCAUUAUACAACAAUUAUCAGCCCAAGGUCUUGUAUCCUGCUUGUUGUUGGGUCUUGGGUAAUUGGAAACACAAAUGCUCUCCCCCAAACUCUAUUUACAGCCAGUCUUUCCUUCUGUGCCAAUAAGGAAAUAACCAACUUUUACUGUGACAUUAUACCUUUGCUAAAGUUGUCCUGUUCUGAUAUCUACUUUAAUGUGAAAAUGAUGUAUGUAGGGGUUAGUAUAUUCUGUGUGCCAUUAAUAGGCAUAGUUAUCUCCUAUAUUCGGGUCUUCGCCACGGUGCUGCGGGUUCCCUCCACUAAGGGCUUGCUCAAAGCCUUCUCCACCUGUGGCUCCCACCUCACAGUUGUUUCUUUGUAUUAUGGAACGGUGAUGGGCAUGUAUUUCCGUCCUCUGACCAGUUACAGUCUAAAGGAUGCAGUGAUAACUAUAAUGUACACAGCAGUGACUCCAAUGCUAAAUCCUUUCAUCUACAGUCUGAGAAACCGGGACAUGAAGGCUGCCUUGGGAAAACUAUUUAGAAAGAUAAUUUUCUCAUAA